AAGGGCACAUUUCUUUGUUUCGGGGUAAUAUAUUUGAUUUCUCAAGUUCAGUUGCUGGGCAGUUUGAUGGGAUCUGGGACCGAGGCUCUCUGCAACCUCUCAACACCUCUGACAGACAGCGUUAUAGCAAACUAAUGAUAACCCUAAUGGCCAAAGGGUGUCGAUACCUUCUGGACACUUUGGUCUGUACGAAAACUGAUUUUGAUGGCUUACCACCCAAGAUCUCAGAAAGCGAAACUCGGAAUUUGUUUGGCCAUGCCUGCAACGUUCAUUUGCUGGACUCAUCUGACAAAUUGACUGGGAAUCAAAAAUUGUGGGAUCCAGGAUGCUUCAUUGAGGAAGUUCAUCUCAUUACACUGAAGACAGAUUCUUCCUGAAUAUUUGUAAUAAUACUGUAUUUUUCCUUCUUAAAAAAAAAUUUCCUCAAUUAAUUCUUCCAAUUUUCAAAAUAGCUGCACUUCCAUGUGUCUCUUCAUAGAAUGAGGUAAUUCAUUCUGUGUGGCACUGAGCAUUGGUAAGCCCAUCAACCAUGUGACUUUUCAAUCAAGGGAAUUCCUGCGCUUCAUUUCUUGUUCCCAUCUAGUGGUAGAAUCCCGAUUUUCGUAUUUGUUAAAGCAGGGACAUUCCUUAAAUAAUUCUUAAACAUAUUUCUUAAAUUUCAAGAUCAAGUUAUCUUAAAUUUCUCUUGAUAACUCAAGGCCGCAUUUCACUGCAACUAACAGAUUCAUUAAUCAGUACUAGAUCAAUCUUCACUGGACUUCAUAAUUCAAAGCCGAGUCUCUGCACACAUACCUAAGUAUAAUUUCCAUAUCCUAGAGCUAAUACCAAUUUCCAAUAUCAUGAAGGAUUUCUCUGUGACAUGCACAUUCCUAUCAAAUGAUGCAUAUGAAGGGUCACUGGAGUUGAAACAUGAACUCUCAUUUUUUCUGUUUAUAGAUGCUGCCAGACUUUGAGUUUCUCCAGCACUUCCUGUCUUUGUUUCAGAUCUCUAGUGUUCAAAUUCUUUGUUUUAUUUAAAUGAUAGUAUAUUCCUGGCAUCUUUGUCAAAAUGGCAUUGUCUGUUUCCUUCAGUUAAGUGACAUCAAAAAUGUUCAUAGGUACAUCACUGUACAUUUCCCAGCAGCACGCUCAUUCAUGUUUACAUAUACUGUGAACCACCGAAAUGUUUUCUUUGCUAAGGAAAGCACACAAAAUAAUGCCUUGCCAAUGUGUUGAUAAGUACAUUAAAAUAAUUCAGCCCCUCAGUUUGUAAGCAUUUCAAAAACACCAAACUAUUUUGUAUACAGCCUUGCAAUAUAUACCAAGUAGUUGAAAUUUUAAUUUUUUAUUCAAUAUCUAAAUUGCUGAUGUAUUUUAAAAAGUCAACAAUAUUACUUACAUAUUUAAGUUUUUUGUGCAAACUAAUCGUAUAUUUUACCAUGACAAAUUUUGAUAUACAAUAAACUUAUUGAUUUUAAAAAAGCAGA